AUGACGACAGCCUCACUAUUCGACAUGGGCCAAGGCCGCCGCGACCUGGCCGCCCUCCCGACAGACUGGCAAAACAACAUCAGAGAAGCUUGGGAAGUAGUCGACCAACAAGGCCUCGGCUCCCUCAACGCCCGCGAAUGGCCCUUCGCCCUGCGCGCAAUCGGCUUCGACCUGGCCCGCACGGAAACCUACGCCCUCCUGCUCGCCCACGGCGUGCCGCCCCACGACCACGACCCGACCCGCGGGCCCUGCAGCCCGUCGCGCCUGCGCAUGCCGCAGGAGCACUUCUCCGCCAUCGCCGCCUGGAUGCUCAUGCGCCGCGACCCCCAGGAGGAGGCCGAGGACGCCUGGAAGAUGUUCGACCCCAGGGGCACGGGGCGCAUCACCCUCGACUCGCUGCGCGCCGUGUGCGCCGAGGUCAACAGCACCCUGAGCGACGCCGACAUGCGCCGCAUGAUUGACAUGGCCGACAUCUCCGGCAAGGGCUGGGUGAGCAAGGAGGAGUUUAUCGAGGUUGCCAAGGGCGGUUUCAGUCGGGGUUGA